CGCGCUCGCGGUGACGGGAGCGCGCAGAGUCUGUUUGCAGGAAGCGCUCUGUCGCUAGUUCUCUGAAGAAGAGGGCGAGCCGGGCGACAACCUGCACGAAACGGACAAGUGUGGUUCUGCAGAGUUUUCCCUCUUAACCGGGGGAAGCAGACUCGGGAUGAAAUGACGGAAGAGGCGGUGAAGCUAGCGUCCAAGUGCUUGUCAAACUUCGCCAAGUGAGAAGAGUGCCGUGAGGACCGGGCAGCAGGAUGGGGAUGGACUGCAGCACCCUCCGGACCCUCAUUCGCCGAGUUUGUGCGGGAGAGGAGGACUGGGUGGACAGCAGGACGGUGUACAUCGGGCACAAAGAGCCUCCUUCAGGAACCGAAGCUUUCAUUCAGCAAAGAUUCCCUGAUAACAGAAUAGUUUCCUCCAAGUACACAUUUUGGAACUUUAUUCCCAAGAAUAUGUUUGAGCAGUUUCGGAGAGUAGCCAACUUCUAUUUCCUCAUCAUCUUUCUAGUCCAGUUGAUCAUUGACACGCCCACUAGUCCCAUCACCAGUGGACUCCCACUGUUCUUCGUCAUCACAGUCACCGCAAUCAAACAGGGCUAUGAGGACUGGCUAAGGCAUAAAGCAGACAAUGCUGUGAACCAGUGUCCAGUCCACGUGGUGCAGAAUGGGAAAGUCAUCCGAAAACAAAGUCGCAAACUCAGGGUUGGAGAUGUUGUGUAUGUGAAAGAGGAUGAGACUUUCCCCUGUGAUCUUAUACUUCUCUCAACCUCACGUGAAGACGGAACCUGUUACGUGACGACCGCCAGUUUGGACGGAGAAAGCAGUCACAAGACGUACUAUGCUGUCCAAGAUACCAAGGCCUAUAGCACAGAGAAGGAAGUGGACUCCAUCCAUGCGACAAUUGAAUGUGAACAACCACAACCAGACCUCUACAAAUUUGUGGGUCGCAUCAACGUCUACAUGGACAAUGAACCGGUGGCCAGACCGCUGGGAUCAGAAAACGUACUUCUUAGAGGAGCUGCGCUCAAAAACACUGAAUUCAUUUAUGCCGUGGCCAUCUACACCGGCAUGGAGACUAAGAUGGCUCUCAAUUACCAGUCCAAAUCUCAGAAGCGGUCAGCUGUUGAAAAGUCGAUGAACGCAUACCUGGUGGUCUACCUAUGCAUUCUAAUAGGCAAAGCCAUCAUCAACACAGUACUGAAGUAUGCAUGGCAGGCCGACCCGAACCGAGACGAGCCCUGGUACAACCAGAGGACAGAAGUAGAGCGGGAGCGGCAUGUGGUGAUCAGAGCUUUCACAGACUUCCUGGCCUUCAUGGUUCUCUUCAACUACAUCAUCCCCGUCUCCAUGUACGUCACCGUGGAGAUGCAGAAGUUCCUCGGCUCGUACUUCAUCAUGUGGGACGAUGACAUGUUUGAUGAAGAGCUGGGCGAGCGAGCAGUGGUCAACACUUCUGAUCUAAAUGAGGAGCUGGGGCAGGUGGAGUAUGUGUUCACUGAUAAGACUGGGACCCUGACCGAAAACAACAUGGAGUUCAUAGAGUGCUGUGUGGAUGGACACGUCUAUGUACCUCAUGCCAUCUGCAACGGACAGGUGAUGCCUGGCGCAGCCACUAUGGACAUGAUUGACACAUCGCCGGGACCUAACGCGAGGGAACAUGAGGAGCUGUUCUUCCGCGCACUCUGUUUGUGUCACACCGUCCAGGUGAAGGAGGAGGAGACGGUAGACGGCAUCAAGCAGGGGAUCCACCAGGGGAAGUCCACCUCCUUCUACAUUUCAUCCUCCCCUGAUGAGGUGGCUCUGGUGGAGGGCAUGAAAAGACUUGGCUUCACCUACCUAAGACUGAAGGACAACAACAUGGAGAUCUUGAAUCGAGAUGAUGAGAUCGAGAGGUUUGAGCUGCUGGAAGUGCUCACCUUUGACUCUGUGCGGCGCCGGAUGAGCGUCAUUGUCAGAGCCAGUACUGGAGAGUUGUAUCUGUUCUGUAAAGGUGCAGACUCCUCCAUAUUUCCGAGAGUUCUGUCAGGCAAGGUGGAACAGAUCCGGUCACGAGUUGAACACAAUGCUGUGGAGGGCCUUAGGACGCUCUGUGUCGCCUACCGUCCGCUGACGUCAGAACAGUACCAGGAGGUCUGCAAUCUCCUCAAGACGGCAAAGUUAGCGCUUCAGGACCGUGACAAAAAACUGGCUGAAGCGUACGACAUCAUUGAGAAGGACCUGAUUCUGUUGGGGGCCACUGCGGUGGAGGACAGACUGCAGGAGAAAGCAGCUGACACCAUCGAGUCGCUCCACAAGGCCGGCAUGAAGGUUUGGGUCCUGACUGGCGAUAAGAUGGAGACUGCAGCCGCGACCUGUUAUGCCAGCAAACUGUUCAGACGCAACACGCAGAUCCUUGAACUCACCACCAAACGGACCGAGGAGCAAAGUCUCCAUGACGUCCUGUUUGACCUGAGCAGAACUGUCCUGAGGCAGCAUGCUGGGAUGACCAGGGACUCCUUCUCAGGGCUGUCAGGCGAUUACCAUGACUAUGGCCUGAUCAUCGAUGGGGCCACGCUGUCUGCGGUGAUGAGGCCCGGCCAGGAGGACCUGCACUCAGGGAACUACAAAGAGAUCUUCCUUGAAAUCUGCCGCAACUGCAGUGCGGUUCUCUGCUGUCGGAUGGCGCCACUACAAAAGGCACAGAUUGUGAAGCUGAUCAAAACCUCCAAGGAACAUCCCAUCACACUGGCCAUCGGAGACGGAGCCAACGACGUCAGCAUGAUCCUAGAGGCCCACGUCGGCAUCGGGAUCAUGGGUAAGGAGGGCCGCCAGGCCGUGAGGAACAGUGACUAUGCGAUUCCUAAAUUCAAGCACCUCAAAAAGAUGCUGUUGGUCCACGGACACUACUACUACAUACGCAUCUCUGAACUAGUGCAAUACUUCUUUUACAAGAAUGUCUGCUUCAUCUUCCCUCAGUUUCUCUACCAGUUCUUCUGUGGCUUCUCUCAGCAGCCUUUAUAUGACACGGCCUACCUGACACUCUACAACAUCAGCUUCACGUCACUGCCCAUUCUGCUGUACAGUUUGAUCGAGCAGCACAUUAACAUGGACAUCCUGAAAAAAGAUCCCACUCUCUACAGAGAUAUUGCCAAGAACUCGCUGCUGCGUUGGCCCUCAUUCAUUUACUGGACCGUCUUGGGUGUUUACGAUGCUGUCGUCAUGUUCUUUGGUGCCUAUUUCCUGUUCAAUAACAGCACAUUCACCAGCAACGGACAGCUAAUGACAACCAACACACAGAUGAUGUUCGGGAACUGGACGUUUGGGACGCUGGUUUUUACCGUGCUCAUCUUCACCGUGACAUUUAAGCUGGCGUUAGACACCCACUACUGGACCUGGAUCAACCAUUUUGUCAUCUGGGGCUCUCUGAUCUUCUUCGUGGUCUUCUCUCUGCUGUGGGGAGGAAUCAUUUGGCCGUUCCUCAACUACCAGAGGAUGUACUACGUCUUCAUGCAGAUGCUGUCCAGCGGUCCAGCCUGGCUCAGCAUUGUUCUCCUCAUCAUCGCCAGUCUGCUCCCCGACGUCGUGAAGAAGGUUCUCUGGAGGGCGCUGUGGCCCACAACGACAGAACAAAUACAGAAUGCUGAUAAGCUGUACAAGGGCCAGCUGUCAGAGUUCACCCCACUGUCCCUGGCUGGCCAGCGACGAGGCUCCGCCCACCGCAGCUCUGCCGCAAACCCCCGCAGGACCAACUGCUGUUACCUGUGUGCAAACGCAUUAUCCCGAAACACUGCGUAGGACAGUGCGGUCAGACCCUACGACACAGUAAGGUGCAGAGUAGUCGCUGGGUUUUUAAGUGCUGGAUAUUGCCCUCCACUUCUGUCGAGACACAUUUAAUCUAAGUGACACAAACACAUUCCCCUGAAGUAUUGAAACCAUCCACACAGCCUGCUCAUCUGAGGUGAGGUCGCGGGGGCAGCGCGUGAGGCGCUCCUCCAACCAAAAUGCAUAGGUGUGGAACUGAGAACAUCUCUCCUGGAAACACCUUUAACUCCUCCAAUGUUUUAGACGAAAUCAUGUGAAACUACCUUUGACCACACACACACACACACACACACACACACACACACACACACACACACACACACACACAGACACACAGAGUGAAUUUCUGUCCACACAGUUUUAGAUUUGACUUUCAAACAAAAGUUCCUGUGAACAAAGAAAUCCACCUCUUCUUUUCUUAAAUUCAUAUCCAACACUUAAAGGCGGAUUUUGUGCCUAUAGUGAAGAGUUCGGUAGUUAGAGGUAAACGUGUGUGUGUGUGUGUUAGCCGUAAGCGUCUCCCUGUUGACCACUUGCCUGUCUCCAGCUUGUCUGCUAAAGAUUAGCUUGUCUUUAAAGCACUUUAUUUCAAUAUCAAAGAACCUAACUGAUGGCUUCUUCGCUGCCUUAAUGAUGUGUGCCUGUGUUCCCAUGAGAUUUGUCGAACCAAUGCCGCCGCAACUUCACGUGUCUGUCUUCUGUAGUGAUGCUAGGCUUGUGUUUAUUUAACAGCCACUACAAACCUCGCUGACAUUUAUGUUAAAAAACACCUGAUUGAAGUUGACGCAAACAAGAUCAUCAGCUGUUUGAACUUUUUAAAUUUGUGUGCGUUUUGUUUCAUGCCUAGUCUAACAACUAUAGCGUGUGGUGUCCAGCGAGGGUCAAUCCUCGGGCUGCUGUUGAUCCAAUGCUCCCAAAGGAACUGUUGAAUGUAGCUCUAACGUUAUGAAGUCUUUACUAAAGGAUUGUCGUCUGGGUUCAACUUCAGUUUUACUGUCGAGAUCUUGUGUUGGGAGGGUGUUUCCUGAAGUGUCCUGCUGAUAUUUCUGCCACAGUUUUUUUUUUUUUUUCAAUCCUGUCCUCUCUUUCGUUCCAGCCCCACGUUUCUCCACUCAUCUGUACAGCUUUUCUUUCUCCUUCAAAGCCGACUCUUUUGUCCUUGCGGCAACAACUUCUCGUCAUUCUCGUCUGUCCUUCGAUUCCUGGACCAAAGAGCUGUUGUCUGUCUGCGUCUCUGCUUUAACUGCCUUUGCUCCUCAAGCUGAUGUUACGGUUCAGAAAUCCUGACAGCAGUGGACCUGCUGCUGUGGCUGUAGCUUGACUUUCUUAUUGUUGAGUUUCUGUUGGUCACCAUGUUUGUGAGUCCAUUCAGAUGGGAUCAAGUGGUGUCACACUGUAAAGCAAAACUACGUCUACCAGCUGCUCGUGGGUGUAUUUUUUUUAUUAAAAAUAAUGUGUAUUUCAACUGGAUGCUUUUGUACAGACACAACUGCUGACAAUCUUCAGUAAUGUGGAGCCAGUUUUAGCCACAGCGGACAGUGAUCGCUGCAGUCAGAUUUAAUGGGAAUAUUUGGAGCACAGCGCACUUGAAAGUCGCCGAUUUAACCAUGGAAGCUACUUAUGUUCUCAAUGCAGGCAGAAUUGUUCAUUCUUUUUCUUACUUUCUCUCUUUUAAAAGUCGUAUGUAGCUGAAACUGGCCAAACUCUCUUGAGAAGCAACGUCUCGUACCCCUUUCAGCAGUAUUGUUUGUUCAGUGAAAGAGUUUUUUUUUUAAAGACUGUACAUGUGUGUUUAUUUUUUCUACGGUGGUACAUGACAUGUUGAUCUUGUUUCUCGGAAGGUCUUCAGCUCCAGUUGGCUGCUGCAUGUUGCUCAUAACCCGCUGUGAUUGGCUUUCAUAUACGCGUCCGUAUGAACAUAAAUGUUGGAUGUAUGAUUCUAAUGUUUUUGUAUACAAUUUUUAUCAGACAGGAUUGUUGCCAAUGUAGUGUGAAAAUAUAUUUGAUUUUGAAUCAA